CCACGAACGACUUGUUGCUCUCUCAGGGGACAACAAAGCAAGAUCUACGACGUCACUGAUGUUGGCAGCAUAAUUUCAUUUCUCACCCGUGUUGUGGGAUAGCUGCCAACAAACCAGGACAAGGAAGCGACCGAGAAAGAGCAGUCAAGCAAUGGCGGAAUGGGCGGAAAGAGCAAUGAGAGCCGUGUUAUGGGCGGGAAUGGCUGGGAUGGUGGCCUCCCUCUCUCUGGAAAGAGCUCUCACCCCCAAGGGAAACGGAGGAAAAUUCUGGCAGAUCACAGACAUACACUGGGACCAACAGUACAGUGAAAGUGGGGACCCAGCCAAGAUGUGCCAUGAUGAAUACCAAGUCUCAGAUUAUCAUAAUGGAGCGUAUGGAAAUUACUUGUGCGACUCUCCUUGGAAACUUGUCAAAAGUUCCUUACAGGCAAUGACAAGGAUACAUCCUUUGCCUGAGUUUGUACUGUGGACUGGAGAUAAUGUGCCCCAUACAAAUGAUCCAGAACCCGAUUUUUCUGUUAUAUUCCGCACCGUCAGCAACAUCACCAACGAGCUUAGGACAGCCUUUCCAGAGAACAUACCUAUCCUCCCAGUGCUAGGGAACCAUGAUGCUUUUCCAAAGGACGACUUUCCAGUAGCGGGUGAGAGCUUUUACGGACAGUACUUAACAAGGGGGGGCUGGGCAGCAGUCUUACCACAGGAUGCACAGGAAGACUUCAAGAAAGGUGGCUACUAUGAAUACAUAUUACCAUCGGGUGUAACUGUUCUGGUAGUGAAUACAAACCUGUAUUAUGCCAAUAACCAAUUGGGCACAAAGGCAAUUGAUCCAUGUGGCCAAUUUGCAUGGUUGGAAGAGAAACUGGAAGGAGCACAGGACAGGUCUUCAAAGGUGAUCAUAGCUGCUCAUGCUCCUCCUGGCUAUUUUGAAAGGUUUGCUGUGAUACCCUUCUUCAAUGCCACUUACAACUCUGACUACAUCAACCUCCUAAACAAGCAUGGUAAAGUUAUCAUGGCACAGAUCUAUGGUCAUGAACAUACUGACAGCUUCAGGAUAUUUGCCUCAGAUAGUGGUGAGCUCCAGAGUGUAGCAUUCCUUGCCCCAUCAGUGACACCUUGGUACCCUAAACCAGUCCCUGGAGGUACAGCAAUUAACCCCUCCCUCCGUCUCUACACACAUGAUACUUCAGAUAUCCUGGACUACACUCAGUACCACUUGAACUUGGGUGAUUUAAAUGAUAUUCCAAAGGAAGAGAAUGGUAGUACAGUUGCCUCAAAGAUGCCAGAAUGGUCAGUUUUCUAUCAUGCUAGGGCUUCUUAUGGGCUAGAGAAGUUGGAUGUAACAAACAUGGCUGGCCUGUACAAAGAGCUUUCCACCAAUGAUAGCCUGUUUCAGCAGUAUUAUCUGAGAAAUUCUGCAGGUUACAACAAUGGUGUCUGUGACAUUGAUUGCAAACGUAACCACUUAUGUGCAAUAGGCCACAUAAAAAUUGAAGAUUUAAACAGUUGUAUGGGCUUCAAUGAUACCACUCCCGGUCCUGACACAUAUGAAUCUACGACGUCACUUUACCCAGAGCCAGUCCAAAGUUUCAUCCUUGAAGAUGGAUCGCCAGUCAGUGCAGACAACUUUGACGAUAAUUCAGAUGGCACCUCACAUCUGGUGAUCAUUAUGGUGGCCCUUGGCAUGACUCUCAUGGUUGUCCUUGCAGUUACUCUGGCAGCCAUGUUGGUGAUCAUAACCCUGCAGAGGAAGAGUGUUUUAAGGAGAGAAGGAUCCGUUCCAGUAUCUGAGCUCAGCUGGGGACUGCGGCAACAAGGGUACAAGCCAUUUUAGAACUAUUUUGCAGAAUUUUAGAAAUGGAUUUAUACUUGUGAUAGAUAAUGUGAUAAAAUAGACAACUAAAGGUUGGUUCAUGCAAUUUAGUAUACUUUUUAUUGAAGAGAGGGUUUUAUGUUAUUUUUACUUAAAUUUCAGUUUUGUUACAAGACAACCAAAAGUAAAGUUGGUCAAAAGCUACUGAAUUACCUCCCAUGAUUAUUAAAACACUGUAAUUCAAGUGGAAGCUGCAUGCGUUCUUGUAAGAGGGGUAAAUGUGAAAGAUCUGGAAUAAGGCUGUUUAAUACGAUUUCAACAUCUCAAGUUCCUUCUUUAACAAGGAUAUUAACAUUAUUUAUUAUCAUCUAACAAAUUAACAUUUUGAUGGCAUUUUGAUGCCAAAGUUAGGUUGUAAACCAGGCUGUAGAUUUAUUAUUGAUAUCAGGGUAAGAGAGCCUCUUAUCUUUUUUUGAGCCUUUGCAUUUCUAGAACUCGGUUGCUCAUUUAUAGUAAUGAGCGAGGUGUUUUUUUUUUAUUAGACUUGCAUUAUAGUCAUUUGUUACUUCAAGGAAAGCUGUUACAGCUGCAUACUAAUCAGAUCAGCUCAGUCAACCAUUAUUUUUGUAGUAAUUUAUUAUAUUUUUCAUAUAAAUUGUGUAUUCCUUUUUUAUUAGAUUUUUUCCCAUGGUAUUGCUCAGUCUUGAAAGAGACUUAAAGAGUAUCAAUUUACAAGAUUAUAGAUCUAAAGAAAAUGCAGAACAUUUUGAAAGGAGCUCCAUGGUUUGUGUAAAAUGUUCUGGAAAUAUGAGGAAAAAGUUUAAGAGUGAAGUCAGAAAUAUUAGUCACUAAAUUAUGCUCAGUAUGAUAGGAAACAUUCAGAUAUGUUGAAAAAUGGCAAAAUCAUUCUUUGGGAACUGUUUAUGUAAUGUUAUAUAGUUUUUCCACCUGUUAACCCAGUGCCGCUGGGUAAGAGUUUGGCAAGUGGACAUGAUAACGGGAUUGUUGGUGCGCAUUGGUAGUUUCCCCUGUUUGCGCCCGGCGCGUUUGGUAGUUUGCGAGCAACAUUAGGCACCUAAAAGCUUUUUUUUUUGCUAUAAUUUAUAAUGAUAUUACAAAUCUUAAGGUUUGCCUUCAUUUUAGGUGCUAUUGCCUAAAAGCUUUACCAUAUAUAUGACGCCGCUACUAUCGGAGAAAAACAAACUCCACCCAAUGAGCUAAUCGCACAGGGAUGGUCAUGAUACGAUACCAUCUGUUUUUCAGUCAACAACAGCCAUGGCAUGUAUGUACAUGCCACUUGGUGGCAAGUGGUUAAAAAAAGUGAGAUGAACCAAAAAAAAUUAAUCCCUAAAGGAAGCAAAGAUUGUAGAUAUACAUAUUCACAGGAUGGGGAUUCUUUUUUUUUUCAUCCUCUAAGGAUCAGUGUAAAACAUUGCAAUAGCAGCAAAGGAAAUUAUUCCUAGAUUCUCAUUUGAUAUGAACUUAUUCAAUAAAAUAAUAUUAUACAAUAAUAAAUGUAUUCGGUGUUCAGUACUAAGGGAAAAGCAGUGGUGCUUAAAAGUUUCUUAUGAAAUUUCUUGAUCAGUUGAGUGCACUUCUGAGUGUUCUCUUUCUUCACUGUGCUAGUCAGUACCAUAUUCGUAAUCUCAAUGUAUAGGUGUUAUUCUCAUCACAGAAGACCAUUAUAACAUAAACCUUUAGUUAUGGAAUCACCAUAGGUUUCAGGUGAAGGUGUUUAAUGAUACCUUAGGGAGUCAUGUUGUCAUUGAAAAAUAUGAAAAAAGGUUUGUUAUGCAUAUUAUUACAGCUGCACUACUGACUCGUGGAUCAUUGGAGAGUAUUUUGACGGAUGCUAGGAUUUUUCAGGGUGCUAGCUAAGUAAUGUGUUUGUGCAUUUCAGUAUGGCAACGACAGAUAAUGCUUUUAUGUGGUGUAUGAGUACAUUACAUGAAUACAGGUUUUAGAUCACCCCAAUCAAAGCACUAUAAAAGGAAAAAACUCCUCUGUCCCAUCACGAUCAAUGUUAGAUUUUUAGUUAUGUUGAGCAUUGAUGUGCAAAACACUUUCAUGGGCUACUGUGCAAAUAGAACAGUUAUUUUUGGCUUCUUUUGGCUUAAAAGUACAGCACCAGUGACCUACCACCCUUAUUCAUAAAUGUUUCAGUGUAUGACGCAUUUCAAGGAUGUAUUGAAGCAGAACAUGUCAUUUAUUUCUUCAGUACCAUUUAUUUUUUAACAUUAACUGUUAUUGCUUUAUGUAAUAGUUUGUUUAUCUAUUGUUAUUUAUUUAUUGUAUUAGAGAAGACUAACUGCAAAGUGAGCAAGGAGGCUUAAAUAAAUGAAGAAAGUCAAAGUAGAAUUUUUAAAAUAAUGAGUAAAUUUCAUUGAUUUUAUGAACAGUAUGCCAUUCUAAUGAAGAUUUUUAUGGGAGACUAACUGUGAGAAAUGCAAAUUCAGGGUUGUGAAGUCUUGAGGAGUUCAUUAAGUGAGGGUCAAGUAUACUGUCAUGGCUUUUGCAUUUAUCCUCUUGAUUUUAUUACCAAACAAAAUUUCAUAGUGUAGCCUACUUUUUGUGAGUAAAUUAGUUGCUUGCAAAACUCAUAUAUUAUAUCAAAUUUGUUAAUAUUUGCGUGCAAUGAUACAUUUCACAUGCUUCAUGUGGCUGCAGAAAGGAUCAGCCAUUUUAAUCCUUUGCCUAGCCAAUAUUGCAAGUCACUUUCUGCCUGCGAGAGGGAUCUCUUCUUAUGCUUCUUCUAAAAGACAAUGCACAGCAAAUGGUACAGACUAAUACAAUCAAGAUGAAUAUUCGACAGGGCAUGUGCAAUGCUGUUGACAGUAUGGUGUGACAGGUUGGAAAGGUGGACUCCUCUUAGUGAUACAUAAAUUUCCAAAUUUUCAGGGUUGCCUAUUUUUAUGGCAUAUUCUUUCUUGAUAAGUAGGAAAGCCAGGUGAAGAGGGAGGGAACUUUCAUAGAGUUGAUGAUGACUUGUUAGUGAGCAUUUCUAGAAACCUAGAUUUUAUAUGAUUUUAUAUUGUGAGAAAUAAAUAGGUGGGGGGGGAGGGAUAGAUUUUAUUUUUAUCACAGUAUUAUUAUUGCUGAGUUUUCCUCUUACUGAAAAGAUUCAGAAAUUAUAUAAAAUGAUUAGAGAGUUUAAUUUACAUUUCUGUACUCAAUCAUUUUAAAAGAAACACAGGAAAUUUAUAUUUGUCUGCAUUAAAUUAGUCUUGUACAUCCAUGUUGCAAAGAUAUGUAAUUCUUCUUAUGCAAAUGCAAAAGGGGUUUAUUAUGCAAUAUAUGUAUUUUUCCAGAAGUAAAAAGCAAAUCCUG